UCAACAUGAUAAAGCUACGGAGUACAGAAGAUGCGAGAGAAAAAAUCGAUAAAACUAGCUUGCUGAGUAUUCAAACCAGCGGAAGAAUGACGGAGUGAGAGAGAAUGUGAGAGAAAUUGGAGAGAAAAUGUUGAUACAAUCGUUCAAACACCGGGAUUCGGAAGUAUUCUUCCAGCUUAAUCGGAGGGGGGGGGGGGCAGCAAGCAUAAUACAUUCAGAAGAAAAGGUGUGCCGUCGUAUUGGAAUCAAGUUGUGAUAAUAGACGAUGUAUUAUCUUUUGUAGGUCAUAAACUGCAAGUAGUACAUUGCGGGAGGCUAUACAAACUCGAAUCACAGUUGUCCUCGUAGGGCUUACCGGGUUUACAUUUUUAUGCUUAUAAGUGCUUUGCGUCUAACCUACAAGCAGUGCCAACAUGUCUUCAAUCUCGUGUUACACGGUAGGAUAUUUGCAGAUCACAUUAUUGAUAGGAAUUAUAAGCCUCACUUUUGGUGUUGAGGUCCAUUUUGAAACACCAGAUAGUGGAUUCUUUCUGAAGCAUUCUCCGCGACAAAGUGCUUUAGCAUCUGUGGUAUCGGCUGCAACAUCAAACUAUGGCAAAGUACGACCAUCUAAUGGUGAUUCCGUAUUAUCGGUGGACCGAUUCACGGUAGUACAAACUACACAACCAGUAUCUGUUAGAGCUAGCUAUGGGCCGUUUUCUACAAAGCAAACAGUACCUGCCCGUUACAUCGUUCCUGACGUACUUGAAAGCACACAUACUGAAGGAAGUUCCACACAUAAUACAACCGCCACAUUGAUAGAAUUACAGCAACAAUCAAAUCUUCAGUUAGAUAUAUCCGCCCAUGUAGUACGAAACACUGUCGCACGUGAUUCACCUGUACUUCGCGUUUUGUUUCAUGCUGGUGCAGAUCCAGGCGGUCAUUUACAAAGACAGAAAAUUUGCGUACUGCUUCAUGCGUCGAUGGGUAACCAAAUCCCACUUAAAGGGAAGUGUAUGCCGGAAGGCGAAGAUGGCGUAUGUGUAGCAGAAGUAAUUAUACCAUCCAACUGGUGGCCACCUUUGCCUCCUCCAGAAAGAGACGGACGUAUCUCCAGCACGCCACCCAAGAGCCCACAAAGAAUAGUACAAGUGUCUUAUAGUGUAUUCGAGCCUCCUGCACGAAGUCCAGAACUUUGUGAACCUAAAGUACAGAUUCAACCGUUGACACCUUUUGCGAAAAUUCCUCUUAUUCAAUCACUGUUACCAUACAAAGAACUACGCGCUGAUAAUACGCUUACUAUGAUGGUUCCUCAACAACCUCUGUAUCCACUGUCAAAAUUACACGUUCCAGUUUUUCUUCAUCCAGAGAAAGGUCAGAAUAUUGCUGUAUUUAUAGUAAGGUACGUA